AUGUUACCAUUGCGCAAUGACUUGUACUAUGUUACCAUUGCGCAAUGGUACAACAAAGCGACCGGUAAUACAGACUGGUACUAUGUUACCAUUGCGCAAUGGUACAACAUAGCGACCAGCAAUACAGACUUGUACUAUGUUACCAUUGCGCAAUGGUACAGAAUAGCGACCAGCAAUACAGACUUGUACUAUGUUACUAUUGCGCAACGGUACAACAUAGCGACCAGCAAUACAGACUUGUUCUAUGUUACCAUUGCGCAAUGGUACAACAUAGCGACCAGCAAUACAGACUGGUACUAUGUUACCAUUGCGCAAUGGUAUAACAUAGCGACCAGCAAUACAGACUUGUACUAUGUUACCAUUGCGCAAUGGUACAACAUAGCGACCAGCAAUACAACACAGACGCGCCCGGCAAAUAGGUACUAUAUGAUAAAUGCAAGCGGACCUCAUACAGGGAUUGCAUAUUGUGGGCAGUAA